AUGCCGCUCAACCACUCCUUCGAGACUGCACCGUCGGCCUCGACUCGGAAUGAUACGACCACGGAGAACACAAGUGGAAUUGGAGCACCGCAACCGAACAACAUCGCGACGAUGUUCAACCUCACAGACCUACCGCAGGCGUGGGACCUAGAGACCGAUGACCUCGACAAAACGUGGGAGGUGUUCAAAACGGAAUUUGAGUUUUUUGAGGAUAUGUCGCAGCUCGACGCACAACCGGAGAAAGUUAGACGAGCAACCUUCGCGAAGAGCAUUGGAGCUUCCGGUCGAGCCUGGUGUAAAGCGAUUAAUGUGGACUUCAAGUCAAUGACGGUGCGGGAGAUCAUCAAGACGAUCGAAGAACGCAUCAAGUCAACAAGAUCUCAAACACUCAGAGACUAUAAUUUCUGGCAUGAGGAUUUGAGACAGCGAGACCGAGAGCCAUUCGACAGUUUCCUCGCUCGCAUCAUGGAGGCGGCUACAAAGUGUGAUUUCGUGGAUAUACACGGACAAAUGUCAGUGAGCGAUCGUUUGGUGCGAAGCCGUAUCAUCAUUGGCAUCGCAGAUUCGAAAUUUCAAGAAACUUUGCUCUCGCGAGACUUGACGUUGGAAGACUUAAUCAAGAAAUGCCGUGCACGGGAAGCAGGCCAACAGGGCGCCAAGUCAAUGAGAGACCGCCAGGGAGCGUCAGCGUCGACCGCGCGGACGUCAGCGCAAGCAGACGACGCCAAAACUGUGGCGGGAAUCAACAGAAACAACAGAAGAGACCGAGCCCCGUGCCAGAAAUGUGCGACCAAUCACGAAGGAAAUGAGUGCUGGGCGAGCAAAAUGAGAUGCUACCUGUGCAAUGGUGAAGGUCAUCUGGCCCGCUGCUGCAGAAACAGCGCGAGACCAUUGAGAUACGGACAGCGUAACCAGAACAACAAUUGGAGCGGUAGGGCGAGACCACGCAGCUUUCAGAGACGAGUGAAUAUGAUACAGCAAGACGAAAACUGGAGCGAUGAGGAAUCAUCGGAGGAGCGAUUCGAAAUCAAUGCCAUCAGCAUAGGCAGUCGUGGACUAGAGUCGAUUCCUCGGCUUAAAUCAAUUUGCAGAAUCGACGACAGAGGAAAAGGAGCACAACCCAGGGGCCGUUGGGAGGAAACUGUACAACUCGGGGAGGUGAACGUUGUGGUCAAAAUUGACACGGGUGCGGAGGUAUGUGUUAUCCCGAAAGUUCUAUUCGACUCGAUGAUGGGAAAGAACAGCAACCUAAAACCUCGGGGGACGAGAACACGAUUGGUAUCGUAUUUCGGGGAUGAGUAUCCAUCCGAAAGUGUCGUGGACUUGACGGUUCGCUUCCGUGACCGCUCAGCAAGUGAAAAAUUCUUCAUUGUCGACGCUCCUGUCGCCUCAACCCUCAGUGGCGAUGCGUGCGAGUCUUUAGGGAUGAUUGCAAGACUUGCAGAAAUCAAGACGCAGAGCGAUAAGAGUUGGAUUGACGAGUUCCCGAAUGUCUUCAAUGGGAGGGGCGACAUCAAGGGGUUCGAAUGUCAUCUACAGCUGAAGGAUUCGUACAACGCGGUCGCAAACCCGUACAGACCUAUACCGCAAGCACAGGAAGAAGCUUUGGUUUGGGGAAAAACGCGGGAAGAGCACGAUGGACGGUUACGAAGGGUACUGCAGAGAUGUGGGGAAGUUGGCAUGGUGCUCAAUAAGAAAAAAUCCCAAUUUGCUCAGAAAUCCGUCAAGUACUUGGGCCACGUGCUAACGACCGAAGGAACGGCCAUCGAUGAGGAACGAAUAAAAAGCAUACAGACAGUCCCAGCGCCAACGAACAUCAAGCAGUUACAGCAGUUCCUCGGAAUGGUGAACUAUGUGUCCCAAUUCGUCGAUCAUCUAUCAGACAAGACGGCCGUUUUGAGGGAUCUUAUAAAGAAAGAUUGUCCAUUCGACUGGCAGCCAGGCCAUCAGCAGGCUUUCGAUGAUUUGAAGAAGGCGCUUGUGAGCGCCCCAGUUCUACAAUACUUCGACCCAAGGAGGACAUUGACAUUGUCAGUCGAUGCGUCCUUGAGAGGUGUUGGUGCUGUGAUCAUGCAGGACGGUAAGCCGGUUGCUUACGCAAGCAAAUCACUCACCGACCCGCAAACGCGCUGGGCACAGAUAGAGCGUGAGCUCCUGGCUAUUGUAUUUGGCUGCCAGAGGUUCCACUACUACGUGUACGGCCGUUCGGAUGUUUUAGUGGAAACGGACCAUCGACCGUUGGAGCAGAUAUUCAAAAAACCGCUUCAUCAAAUCCCGCUACGUUUACAACAGAUGCGAUUGUCCCUUCAGCGCUACGAUAUAAAGGUGACAUAUAGGCCUGGCAGGGAGCUACACAUCGCGGACUUCCUAUCGCGGAACCCGCUGGAAGAAGCACUCGUAUAUAAACCCCGUCUUAGCACCAUUCGGCACAUAGCCAUUGCUGAUCAGCGCCUACAAGAAUACCAGAAAGAGACCAACCAGGAUGAGGAAACCGCGACACUAAAGAAACUUCAUGAAAUGGGAUGGCCGAGUGACAAAAUGCAUCUUCCUGAGGGAGCACGCUUAUACUGGCCAUACAGAGACGAAAUACACGUCGAGGAGGGCAUCGUCAUGCGAUCCAACCGCAUCAUAGUUCCCAAAGCGAAGCGUUCAGAAGUGCUCCAACAACUACAUCAAGGACAUUGUGGAGAAGUCAAAAUGAAGAACCGCGCCCGAAAUGCCUUGUAUUGGCCAUCCAUGAACAAGGAUAUCGAACAACACACAAAGCAUUGUGAGCUCUGUCAAAAAUACCAGAAAUCAAAACCAAAGGAACCGAUG